CAGACUGAUUAUGAUCAUCUCUUUCCAACUUUGCAUCCAGUGACAUUACACUGGUAGCUUAAAAUCUGCUCUGACGGGAGUAUUUAUACCACAGAAAUCGGCAAACAUGACAAAUCAGGACUUCGAUUUUUUCUUUUUUGGAAAGCAGUUUACCAUUACACCACUUUUAAUCUCUGAAACUCUUUCCUCCAAGGACUUCGGAACACUGGGAGUGGAAGCAGUGCUACCUCUGGGCCCUGGUGGCAAAAUCUGUUCCUGAGUUUGAAAUGGAAGUAUUCUACCUGGAACAAAGCUUAGUUUGGGUUCUGUGAGACCUGAAGGGAAGAAACCUCCGUCAGGCCUUGAGGGUUCGCUGCUUUGAGAGGGCAGGGACAUAACCCCACAGGGGAGAGCACGCUCCUCUGGCGGAGCUGCCCUGGUUAUACUUGUGGCUACUCUCUCAUGUAUCUUGCAGGAAGCAAUUAUUAAAGAGAUGACAUGAGAAAAUGAACUCACCGGGGGCCCAGAAACAUUUAGGGAGACUUUUCAGGGGGAGAGAUAUCUGAUAGAUGGGGGCUUACAAGGCAGAAAUAGUGAUUAUUCAUAUUCACAUGACCUAAUCUGCACCCUCUGACGGGUGGGACUAUAGCUAGACCAGCUUGGAAGGAAAUCAGAGGCUGAUUCUUGUGUUUGAACUUCCAGCUUUUGGUACCAAGAGCUGAGACUGCGGUUCUCAGACUUAGGGAGUAAAAGAACCACACAAGAGCUUUAGAAAUACACUCAUGGCGACCCUCUCUGGCUUCCUCCAGAUUUAGUAGGUGGAAAUAAACCAGUUAUCUGCAUUUUUUAACAAAUGACCCAAGUGGUCUGUAGAACACAUUUUGAACUUCAGCAUGCAACGCAUCUGGAAAGGGACCAGGUUUUACUCCCCACCAGAUCCCUUACAGAGUCUACUGUCUUCGAAACCCAGUCGGGUAAACAUUGAAUUGGAAGGGCCAUUUCUCUCUCCCCCAAUCACUGCGUUUGUCUGUCACGUGCCUAAGCCCAGGUGGCUUCAGGAAGGAAGCCUCUCAGCUGAAUCUAUUUCCCAGAUUGCUGACCUCCCCACCUCUGCCUCCUGCGAGGAAGGAGCCAGGCUUGGGGCUAAAAGAGUGGUGUUCUUAAGAAGCUCGGGGAGCCGGUUUCCAGAAAUCAAACAUCAGUUAGUUUUCAUGUUUUUUAAAUCACAUGGGCAGGUUUCAAGUUCCUCCUUUUGCAGGCGCAUUAAUAUUUGGCAUUCGUUUUCUGUGUUUUCUGCCUCUGCGGAGAGCUGGGAUCACGAUUCCCGGGUGGGGGAGCAGCGCGCCCAGGUGCGCGGAGUUCUCCUGCGGGCGCCCGCGGCUAACGCCGCCAAGUCUCCAGCUGAGCGCAGCAGAGAUGAAGCCUCCUGGGGCCGCUCCUCGCCGCCCAGAGCCGGGCUUCCUUCCUCGGUACGUGCAGAGACUAGAAAGCAGUUCUUUAGACACCGCAGUGACCGAGACCGCUCUACGCCCCCUUCCCCUGAGCAGGUGCUCGGAACUGGGCGAGCUCGGCGGUGAGGCGGACCCGGGCGCCACCUGCUGUCCAUCGCGCCUAAACCACGAGAAUGUAAAGGGAAAAAGUUGCUUUGCAAUUCACUGGCCUCCCCGGGAGACAAGUCCAGGGACAGAAAGUGCACCAAACACCGAGGAAGUGGAUUUGCUGAACUUCUUCCCUGUACCCGAGAGAAAAUCAGUUCCUCCUCAUCCUCACAAAACAAACUCUAAGGGACAAACUCUGACCACCUACUCUCAGAGAGGACACAGGCACACAUUUUCAUGUCACGCUCCUGGGAAUGGAAGUGAAGAAAACCUCUUAUGGGGGAAAGCACUUCAGCCACCCCUGAACAAAGGAAUUUCUAACACUGACUGUCUGCUUGGUGAGAGAAGAAGAAAUAGAGGGGGGUGUCCAUGGCUGCUUUCACUUGAGGAUAGCAGUCCAGCAGGUGCAGCAGAGAUCACAUGGUCCACAGAGCCUAAAAUAUUUACUACCUGGCCCUUUAUAGGAAAAGUUUGCCAACUCCUGCUCUAA